AUGAGCCAUGGAGAAGACAGAAGAAAAGACCGAGAGAUUUGGGCAAAGAUUCUCACCGAUAACAAAAUUUCGGCGGAGAUUCGAGAAGAACUUAAUUUGGCCACAGAUGGAGAAGUUGCGGUGCUUCAAGAGGAGAGGAACUCUAGUCGGAAGAGCUUCGGCGGAAGUUGUUCAUCUUGUCUCGAAAGUGCGAUGGUGGCAGCUCCUUGA